UACACGCACUCUCAUCGUGGGGAUUUGGUUUUUUGGCUAUAAAGGCACCACUCUCCACAAACCUCUAUAUUCCAUUACCACCCAGUUUUUGAAUCUAUUAUUAUUCCUUCUCUGUUCUUCACUUUCUUGCAUAGAAAAACAAUGUCUUCUCAGACUGUUGUCCUCAAAGUUGGUAUGUCAUGUCAGGGGUGUGCUGGAGCAGUGAAUAGGGUUUUGGGAAAAAUGGAAGGUGUUGAGUCAUUUGACAUUGAUCUGAAGGAGCAGAAGGUGACAGUGAAGGGAAAUGUACAAGCAGAUGAAGUUCUGCAAGCUGUUUCCAAAACUGGGAAGAAGACUGCAUUCUGGGUGGAUGAAGCACCAGCUGAAAACAAGCCUUCAGAAACUGCACCUGUUGCCUCUGCUGAAAAUGAUACCAAACCUUCAGAAACUGCACCUGUUGCCCCAGAAAUCAAGCCUUCAGAAACUGAACCUGUUGCCUCAGCUGAGCCUGAAAACAAGACUUCAGAAACUGCUAUUGAAACUGCUGCCUAAGGCAUUUGUCCUUCUAGUUUUCUGUGUGAAAGUAGGUCUGUUUUCAAAUGGUACUUUACAUGCUUUCUGCAUAUCAGCUGUUAUAUUUUGUGUGAUGUUACUGAUAUAUAUAAUCUGCAAUAACUCUUGGCCUGAGUUUCACAUAUGAAACACUUUUCAAGGAUGUUAUAACUAAGAAUUUGAACUUGUUUU